UGGCAAGAUCCGAAACCUAACAAGCGUGUCUGGUGCGCCUGGAUAUGAUUGAGCUGAAUGCAAUGCAGACACGCACCAGCGACAAAGAGGGGAAAUCACACACACACACGCGCACACUGGCAGACCCUAGAGUAUGUCGGUUGAUAAACGGAACCCAUACCCGAUUACGUACCCGAUUAGAUAAGAUGACCGAAAGAAAAGAUGACAAACAAACAGGGCGACAACGACGACGACGGGAUCCACCCAGUGGUAGCGCGCCUUGCACGGAUCCCCGCCGGUGGGAACUUUAUCAGUUGUUGCCACAUCGUACCUGAAAGCGAAAGCAAAUCCUCUACCGCCAUGCCUCGACUCGAUCUGUACUAUAACAUCAUAUCGCCCCCGUGCCGGGUGGUGCUGCUGUUUGCGAAAUGGUUGAAGCUGGAGCUGAACCUCAUCGAGCUGGAUGUGUUGAAGCGCGACCACUACAAGCCAGAAUUUCUCAAGCUCAAUCCCCAGCACUACAUUCCCACGCUGGUCGACGCCGAUGGUGACGUGGUGGUGUGGGAAUCGAGCGCCAUCCUGAUCUAUCUGGCCGAACGGUACGGUGCAGCAGACGACGAUACGCUCUACCCGAAGGAUAUUGCACUGCGCGCGAAAGUCAACCAGCGGCUGUUUUACGACAUCGGUACGCUGAUGCGCAGCGUGACCACCUACUACCACCCCAUCCUGAUGGGGGGCGAGGGCAAGCUGGAAGACUUUAAGAAGGUGCAGGAUGCGGUCGGCGUGCUGGACAGCUUUCUGAGCGCGAGCCGUUGGACGGCGGGCGAUCACAUAACGGUGGCGGAUUUCGCGAUCGCUGUGACGGUGGCCGCCCUGGACGGAUUGCUCAACUUUGACUUUAGCGUGUAUCCCAAUGUGCACCGGUGGUACGAGCAGUGCAAGCGCGAGCUCGUCGGCUACACAGACAUUACGAAGGAGGCGGCCCAACGGACGCAAGCCUUCCUGGAGCGAUUUCGCGCUAUGCGGGCCGCCGACCAGCAGCAACUGUGCGAACAGCAACGAACUGUGCGGCAAAGGCAAAAGGAGGACGGGACUGAUGAUCAACAGCAGCAGCAGCAUCAGCAGCAGCAGCAGCAGCAACAGUACAUCGAAUUGCAGACGCAGCCACGAUCGGGACGGACACGCGACACCGCACCGGACUACGCAAGAAAGCCGGAUGAGUCGACAAAAAUGGCCACGGAAGAUUAGGAUUAGCAUCUCGGUGGCGCAAACGGUCACCAAACGAAGUAACGUGACAAACGCUUCUGUGCAGUGUGCGCGGCGAGUCAAUAAAUGGACCCGAAACGUGCCACGCUUAUCGCUUGCCAACGGGCGACCGAGCGAUGCACAGGUUUUGAGGAGUAAUGUGGCGUGUUUUUUGUUGUUUACUGCUCGUUGCUGUUGUAUCCGAGACCAUCGUAUCUUAUCAACGCAUGAUGCGCGCGUUAGCCAUGUGCAAGUCACCGUUUUGUUGAACUUAGCGCAACAGCAGCACACCUGCAUGCGGCUAUUUAUGAACCGGGGAGGGGAGAUAUUACCACAGAUAGGAGAAAAGGGAAAGACACACACACACACAUGAGCACAUCUGGUCUGGUUUCUAAUGACCCGCAGUCAUUUGGCCGAGUCCUCGCCUAGCACUUUAUUGUAAAAGCACACUUCAUAAA